AUGGGAGACGCUCUUCCUUAUACUUGCAAUGCGUGCCUGGUAGCAUUUCGCACUAGCGAUGCUCAGAGAGAGCACAUGCGCAGAGACUGGCAUCUGUACAAUGUCAAACGACGAGUCGCCUCUCUACCCCCCGUAUCCCAGGAAGUCUUCACAGAGAAAGUCCUGACAGCACGAGCAACCACCUCCGCCGCUGCUGCGAAAGCCUCCUUCGAAAAGACAUGUGACGCUUGCCAAAAGUCGUUUUAUAGCGAGAACUCGUACCAGAACCAUUUACAGAGCUCCAAGCACAAGCUUCGCGAAAAGGCGUUGAAAAAGAAGGGUCUUGCUGACGAUACUUCUUCGGUUGUGGGCUCGACAUUCUCGCUGGGUGAUCCCAUCGAUAAGUCCGUGGCGGGCGAUAAUGAAUCUACGGUGUCGAAUGUUACGGAGAAAUUGAAGAAUACCGCUAUCCAAGAGGCGGCUAACGAAGAUGAAGAGAUGGAAGAAGACGAUGAAGAAGAGACAGCCAAAGAAUAUGCCUCGACAAAAUGUCUAUUCUGCCUCGAAGACGCCACCGAUGUCCAAGCGAACGUUGAGCACAUGUUCAAGACCCACGGAAUGUUCAUGCCCGAGAAAGAUUAUUUGGCCGACGUUGAUGGUCUUAUAAAAUAUCUGCACGCGAAGAUCAAUGACAACCAUGAAUGUCUCCUCUGCCACGCCAUCCGCACCACUGCCGCCGGUAUCCGCACGCACAUGCGCGACAAGAGUCACUGCAUGAUCGCCUUCGAGACGGAGGAAGAGCAAGUCGAAAUCGGGCAAUUCUACGACUUCAGAAGCACUUACUCCGAUGACGAGGACGAGGAUGAGGACAUGACCGACGAUGCAGGCGGUGUUCCAGUGACGUCCUCCGACGCCGACGCCGACGGCUGGGAAACAGACGAUAGCUCCGUUGACGGUGGAUCUGACGGUGCAGAGCGGAAACCUUUCCGCGGUUCUCAGCCUAUCUAUCAGACGGAUUAUGAGCUCCAUUUGCCUUCGGGCCGUAGUGUUGGUCAUCGUUCACUGGCGAAAUACUACCGUCAGAAUCUGCACAGCUACCCUACCCCUGAGGAGAGGGCAGCUGCUCGCCAACUAGCGAUCGAGAACGGAACUGCAGACGAGAAUGAAGAGGAUGAAGGACAGACGACGAUCAAACGCAACGAGCACAAAGCCAUUAUUUCCCGCGCAAAUGGCGGAUUGGGUCUCGCCGGCGCUUCUGCAGAGCAAAGAACAGCGGCUUUGGCGAUUGAGCGGAGGGAGCGGACUCGUGCCCAGCGCGAGGAGAGGAAAUUCAAUGCAAAGGUUAACAGACAGGCGAACAGCCAGAAGCAUUUCAGGGAUCCCCUUCUUCAGUGA